AUGGAUUCUCAUAGAAGAUAUUCAGACCAAUCCCGCCAACCAAGGACAGACGUAGUCUAUGGGGACUCGCAGAAUAUACUCCAAGCACGACGUCCUGUGCCUUCAUCGCAAGGAACCUUCCAACCCCCACCGGGUCAUCCUCGAAUGCAACAAACCUAUUUCACGCAGGAGUAUCAAGGCACACCUUCGCACCAAUAUGCACAAGGAUAUUCCUAUGCCCCAUCAACCCAGUUGGCCUAUCAGGGAAGCGCUGGUUCCCAACAAUAUGACGAUUCUUCCAAUGCGCACAACCGAGUGAAUUUCCCGGGCGAUCGGUAUUCGUGGGACGACACUUCACGAAGGACUGCCAGCUUCGUCGGCUCUGGAUAUAACCCUGGCGCCCGUUAUGCACAACAUGCUGAAGAAUCUGAGCGGUAUGGGGCUAGUGACGCGGAUGGAACAAUCAAGCGUUUUGAUAGCCAGUUCCCUGAGUUUACCAGCCACUAUGUGAUACCUCAUAAUGCUCAGCAAGGUGGCACACCUUGGACUUAUCCACGUCGCAUAGACCCGGGCUAUCGUGACUAUCAUCAAACGACUGAACAACCCAGUCGUGACGGUAGAUCGUCCUGGAAACAGCAGUGA